AUGGCGGAGCUAUCAGACGUGACUGGCACCCAAGAGGAGACUCUACGUGGAAAGGAAACAAAUCCCCUUCCAGGCGGAGUGAGGACGAGGGCUAGGUCGAAGGACAUCAUGGCGGGCUUAGAGGCACGUGUGGCAAUGAUGGAGGGGUCCAUAGCCAACGUGUUGGAGCAGCUUGAGGAUGCUCACCAACGCAUGGAUGGGCUGGAGUCGGAGGACGUUGAGGUCCAGAAUGCUGUCAAAGGGUCACUCAAUGCCCUAAGUGGUGACUUUCGGCAGGAGCUCCAAGCACUUCGAGAACUUAUGUUAGGGGAGUUUGCCACCCUACGUGGCUAUGUUGAUCAGGAGCUUGGCACUUUCCGCGAGCAAGUGGAGGAAAUGCGAGCGGACUGGACAUUGUGCAAACGGGCGGUGGCGUCCGGCACAGCUACUACGGGGGUAGUAGCACCCCGGGUUGAUAUUCCCAAGCCUAAGUGCUAUGGUGGGAACCGGGUAGCGAGGGAGUUGGAGAACUUCCUCUUUAGCAUGGAGCAAUACUUUGAGGCUACAGGCAUGACCAAUGAGACCAUCAAGAUACGCACGGCGACCCACUACCUCACCGACCAUGCCAUGCUAUGGUGGAGGAAAAAGUAUGGUGACAUAGGCAAAGGUACGGUCUCUAUUGAUACUUGGGCUGAUUUCACUAGGGAAAUUAAGAAACAUUUCUAUCCUGAGAAUGCCGAGGAUGAAGCUAGGGGCAGACUCCGAAGGCUAAAACAGGUUGGGUCGAUUCGGGACUAUGUGAAGGAAUUCACUAACUUGACUCUUGAGAUCCCGGAUCUAUCCGACAAGGACUCUCUUUUCUUCUUCAUGGAUGGAUUGCAGUUGUGGGCUAAGACGGAGUUAAGGCGGCGCAACGUGCAAGACCUUGCCACAGCUAUUGCAGAGGCGGAGUCCUUUAUUGAUUUCAGCUCCAAGAAGGAACCCUCGUCCAAGCCAAAAGACAAAGACAAGGACAAGGGGAGGUAUGCCGGCAAAGGUGGGGGAGACAAGGGCGCUGCACCCCACAAGGAUUGGUCCCGUAAGCCAGGUGGUGGCCAUGGAGGCAAAGAGGGAAGGGAGAACAAGGAAGGAGCACCCAAGCCUAAGGGUUCUUGCUUCAUAUGUGAUGGACCACAUUGGGUACGAGAUUGCCCAAAGCGGAAGACCCUCAAUGCCAUGACGAGCCGUUAUGAAGAGCAACAACAGGAAGAGGCGCAGAUGGGUUCAUUGCAAAUCCUUAAUGCCAUUAAGGCUAAAACUGAAGUCCCUAAGGCGGCGGCUAAAGGGCUAAUGUUCGUGGAGGCGAGCAUCAAUGGGACACCCACACGUGCUUUGGUGGACACGGGUGCAUCCCAUAACUUUGUGAGCCUUGACGAGGCCAAGAGAUUGGGCCUCAAGUAUAGCAAAGAAGGGGGCUCCAUGAAGGCAGUUAACUCGGCGGCAAAGGCCAUACAUGGCAUGGCACACGGCGUCCAAGCAUGCAUUGGCGAGUGGGGUGGCCACAUAGAUCUAUCGGUGGUACCCAUGGACGACUUCAAACUAGUCCUUGGGUUGGAGUUCUUAGACAAGGUGAGAGCCUUCCCCAUCCCCUUUGCUAACACUAUGUGUAUUAUGGAAGGCAACACAGCAUGCAUGGUGCCAGUGGAGCGAGGCGCCAAGUUGGAAGCCCAAGCUUUGUCAGCUAUGCAGUUCAAGAAGGGCUUCAAGAAGGGAGAGACUAGCUACCUUGCUACGUUACUGGAGACACCCGAAGAUGAGCUAGUCCCUUCCCCACAAGAAGAGGUGCCUAAGGAGAUACGAGCCGUGCUAGACGAGUACACGGACGUGAUGCCUAAAGAGCUGCCCAAGAAGCUUCCACCUAGGAGGGAGGUGGAUCAUAAGAUUGAGCUGGAACCGGGUUCUAAACCCCCUGCUUUGGUGCCCUACCGGAUGGCACCCCCAGAGUUGGAGGAGUUGCGGAGGCAACUUAAGGAACUGUUAGAUGCGGGCUAUAUUCGACCAUCGAAGGCCCCAUAUGGUGCACCGGUGUUGUUCCAGAGGAAGAAGGAUGGGUCCUUGCGCAUGUGCAUCGACUACCGGGCACUCAACAAGGUGACUAUCAAAAAUAAGUACCCCAUUCCUCUCAUUGCCGAUCUCUUUGAUCAGCUUGGUGGAGCACGCUACUUCACUAAGCUUGACUUGCGCUCGGGGUACUACCAGGUGCGGAUAGCGGACGGGGAUGAGCCUAAGACUACGUGUGUAACGAGGUAUGGCUCCUAUGAGUUUCUUGUUAUGCCGUUUGGCCUCACCAAUGCACCUGCUACUUUUUGUACUUUGAUGAACAAGCUCUUCCAUCCCUACUUGGAUCGCUUUGUGGUGGUGUACUUGGAUGAUAUUGUUGUGUAUAGCACCACUCAAGAGGAGCACGUGCAGCACUUGAGGGCGGUCUUCCAAGUCCUACGGGAGAACGACCUAUAUGUGAAGAUGGAGAAAUGCUCAUUUGCCCAAGAGGAGGUGUUGUUCCUAGGGCAUAAGAUACGGGAUGGCAAGCUGAUGAUGGAUGAGGCAAAGGUGAGGGCCAUUCAAGAGUGGGAGCCGCCCACUAAGGUGACAGAGCUACGCUCAUUCCUUGGGCUUGUCAACUACUACCGCCACUUUAUCAAGGGUUACUCGGCGAGAGCAGCCCCAUUGACAGACCUUCUCAAGAAGGCACGUGCUUGGAGUUGGACAGAGUCGUGCCAGGGGGCAUUUAAUGACUUGAAGAGGGCAGUAACGGAGGAGCCGAUACUUAGCUUGCCCGACCACUCCAAGCCAUAUGAGGUGCACACGGAUGCAUCAGACUUCGCUAUUGGGGGUGUGUUGAUGCAGGAAGAACACCCCAUAGCUUAUGAGAACCGCAAGCUUAAUGACACUGAGCGGCGCUAUACUGUGCAAGAGAAAGAAAUAACGGCGGUCAUCCAUUGCCGACGUACUUGGAGGCACUACUUGCUCGGGGCACAAUUUGUGAUCAAGACGGAUAAUGUUGCCACCAGCUACUUCCAGACACAGAAGAAGCUUAGCCCCAAGCAAGCUCGUUGGCAGGACUUCUUAGCGGAGUUCACUUACCAUUUCGAAUAUAAGCCGGGCAAGGCCAAUGUUGUGGCGGACGCACUUAGUCGCAAGGCCGAGCUCGCAGCUAUUAGUCGGCCCCAACACUCUCUUGUGGAGCGAAUCAAAGAAGGGUUGCAGCAUGACCCUCUAGCCAAAAGCCUUAUUCAGCUAGCUAAGGAAGGGAAGACUCGACGCUUUUGGCUAAGGGAUGAUUUACUUCUCACUACGGGGGACCGACUCUUUGUGCCCAGGUGGGGCAACUUACGGAAGGAGCUAAUACGGGAGUGCCACGACACCAAAUGGGCUGGUCACCCAGGUAUGCGGCGCACACUAGCACUCCUUGAAGAUUCUUACUAUUGGCCUCGGAUGCGAGAUGACGUGGAGACAUAUGUGAGGACUUGUCUUGUGUGCCAACAAGAUAAGAUUGAGCAACAGCAUCCUGCAGGCCUACUAGAGCCACUGCCUAUUCCAGAGAGACCAUGGGAGAGCGUCUCUAUGGAUUUCAUCACUUGCUUACCCAAGUAA